UAUUUUUUGGACCGUCUUUGACCAUAGGAUUAACAUGUAUGAAUUUUGAAAAUGGGCGUAGUUCCCCUUUAAUAUCUCAGUUUGAGCCCUCUCUGGUGGAACACAUUAAAACUUAUGGUCAGAGGGGUAGAGGCAGUGUUUCAAACUUAUCUUCACCAUCAUGUGAAGUGUAACUGCAUCAAAUCUUCAGUUUAAAAAUGAAAAUUGCAAAAUAUUUCAUUGAAGAUUUAACUCCAGACCUAUCUCAUGUAGAGCCUGACCGAUACAGGAUUUUUGGGGCCGAUUCCAAUAUCAGGGAGUAAGAAAAUUCCGAUAUUGAUAUAUUGGCUGAUAUACUGUAUAUAUGGAUAUGCAUUAUAUACUUUAUGUAUAGAUAUAUACUGUAUGUAUGGUAUGUAUUUAAAAAAAACGUAAUAUAAUAUGUCAAUCAGUUAACAUGUAUCUUUAGAUUUGUUAGCAAGCAAGGUACAGUUUUGAAUAUGGCUGUCAAAUUUAACAUAACGCGUUAUGUAGGGGUAGAGACAGUGUUUCAGACUUAUCUUCAACAUCAGGUUAAGUGUAACUGCAUCACAUCGUCAGUUUAAAAACAUGAAGACUUCAUCUAGUUAACGGGUAAAAAAAAAAAUGUGAUGGGAAAUAGUUCAUUGUAGAUUCAACUCCAGACCUAUCUCAUGAAGAGCCUGACCGAUGCAGGACUUUUGGAGCCGAUGCCGAUUUCGAUAUUAGGGAGUAAAAAAAUUCCAAAAUCGAUAUAUUGGCUGAUUGUUUUGGGGGCCGAUUAAGUUUAUAUAUAUAUAUAUAUAUAUAAAUAUAUUUGUUUUAUUUUAUUAUUUAAUUAUAUCCCCGCAACAAUGUAAUCGGGGGUAUGUAGCGCUCUGCUUGUUCGUCCGUCCUUCUGUCCGUUCGCGUGUCACACUUUCGUUUCCGGAGCAGAACUCGGAAACUAUUUAACUUAGGAACUUCAAAUUUGGUAUGAUGGUUGACCGUGUGGAUUAGUUGUGUUUUUUAAGGGUUAGAAAUCCAGGGUGCCCAUUGGUUAAUUAGUUAAUGCCCAUUAAUUCCAUUAGUUCCAAAAGGGCAAAACCUUUGGCCCUACUUUAGUAGGGGUCAAGCGGUGAGCGGGGGUAUGUGAGCCAUGCUCACUUUUGCCUUGUUUCUCCAAUCUGCCAGAAUAAAAGCCACAAUCACACGUAAGCUUGUAGUAUUUUAUUUUUUAGUUAAAUUUACUGCUUUUCUGUGACAAUAACUGCACUCUCUUCUGUGUAGUAAUGUUGGUCUUUUCCAUCUUAUUCCAGCUCACUGAUUGGAUUGUUUGAAUCCCCAUGUUGAGCAGUUCAUUAUCUGUUGCUGCCAUGAAAGGAUAUAAACUGAUAUCAAACAUUCAGGCUGCUGGACAGACACAGAGCUGUGUGUCCUUUUUAGUAAGGUUUUCAAAUGCAAUUCAUUCUCUGUAUGGCAUCAAAAUCUAAAAAAAACAAUAAAAGAUCAAAUGUUAUGAUGGAUAAUGUUUCAGUAAUUACUAUGUUUACUCUGUCAGGCUUAAGUGGGACAACAAACUACAGAGUUAUUCUCUUUGUUCUGACUUUAUUGUGUUACUCUGUGAUUUGGCUGGUAAAUAUGACCAUUAUUGUUGCAGUUAUUGUGGACAGAAAGCUUCAUGAACCCAUGUAUAUCUUCCUCUGUAAUCUGUGCAUCAAUGGACUUUAUGGGACAGCAGGCUUUUACCCCAAAUUCCUAAUGGAUCUUGUGUCUACCACUCAUGUUAUCUCUUAUACUGGAUGUCUUCUGCAGGGUUUUGUGUUGCACUCUUCAGUUUCUGCUGAUGUUUCUCUUCUACUGCUAAUGGCCUACGACAGAUAUGUGGCUAUAUGUCGCCCUCUGAGGUACCACUCUGUGAUGACUAAACAGAGAGUUUGUGUGUUUUUGUUUAUUGCUUGGCUAACACCCAUUUAUUUGGUGUUCAUGGGUACAAUAACAACAUCAAGGUCGAGGUUAUGCGGCUCACACAUACCGAAGAUCUACUGUGUUAAUUGGUUGGUUGGUAAACUAGCUUGUUCUGCCUCAAUAGCAAACAUUGCUAUUCCAGCUUUUAAUUAUACCUUUUAUUUUGGCCAUUUUGUGUUUAUUAUUUGGUCUUAUGUAUGUCUUGUCAGAACAUGCCUAACGUCCAAAGAGAACAGUUCAUAG